AUGGUGAACCAGGAAUGUGAAUAUAUGAUGAGAGAUGAGAAAUUUUUAGAAGAAAGAAAAAAUUUCGGAUUUGAUUUGGUCCUCGCUGAGCCAUUCAUCGUCCACAUGUGCUCCCUCAUCCUGCCAAAACACCUCAGUUUCCCAUUCGUUAGUAAGGCAAGCACCUACAACGGACUCCACAUCAGAUCGCCGGCCCUUCCAUCAUUUUUUCCGCGACAUUUUCUUUCGAUGGAUACUGAGAGAACGAUGGCGUUUCAUGCAAGGUUUUCCAUGUUACUUGGAUCAAUAUUCCUUGCAAGCAGCUGGUUUCCGAUGAAUAGAAACAGGACCCUGCUACAAAAAUAUGCCCCGGGAGUUGAAUCGUGGGAGGAUUUGUUGAGGGAGUCCUUACUGUUCUUCUACGAAAGUGACCACCAUUUCAAUAAUUUUCUACCGUCAUUUCCUAAUCACAUUUUUCUUGCUGGGUCGACCUGUGCCCCACCUAGACCUCUGCCAAAAAAUAUUUUAAAGUUUAUUGACGGAAGGAUUGUUAAUGGAAGAGAACCAGGUGUGAUUGUCAUGACGUUUGGUGCCACAGCAGAGUUCAUUCCGAGAGUAGUUACAAACAUUUUUUUUAAAUUAUUCGCAUCUCUAAACGAAACAAUAAUCGCCAAGUUCUCCAUCGAAAAUGACGACAUCGAGAAUGAUCUCCUGGGCCACCCAUCCACCAAACUCUUCAUCACCCACUGCGGCAACAACGGACAGCAUGAAGCUCUCUAUCACGGCGUCCCGAUGUUGGGAUUCCCACUCUUUGCCGAACAGGAUGAUAAUUCCAGAAGGAUGUCUGCGAUGGAGAUUGAUCUGACGAUGAAUGUGUUCACUUUUACUGAGGAGGAAUUAAUAACAAACAUCAAAGAAAUCCUGAAAAACCCCAAGUACAGAAAUAGCAUCGGGCGCAUGUCAGGCGCCUUCAAAUAUCAACCAAUGACAGCACAGGAGAGGGCUUUGUUCUGGAUGGAACACGUGAUCAUAUAUAAAUUGUUUUUUCAAGAUUGA